CUGGUUGAAGUUAUACACGUGCCGCGGCCAACGACUAAGCAAGAUGGAGAUUUCCGAGUUUCCUAGGUCCGACUAGUGUGUGAACGCAGCAAUAACCACGGAUCGGGGAAUUUUAACGUAGUCUACUGUCAACCUCAACAAGGGGAAAUUGGAUGUUGGACAUGAAGUUAGCUAGUUAAUGUCAAAUUGAUUAAUUUGUAAGUUGAGUGAAAUGUCUUUGCUAAAAUUUUAACCAGACUGGUUCGGCGUAUUUCAUAAUCAUCAGCUAGCUAACUAGCUAGUUGCUAAUGCUAGCUAGUUAGCAACCUCUACCGAGUACGGAAACAUCAGAUAGACUCUGGGACAGGUUGUUGACAGAGCUAAGGUGUGGUGAAAAACAGUGUCAAGCCUAUUAGGCCUAACUUCACAAGUCUUGUGUGUGAGACACCUCCAACAUUAACAUUCCAAUGCCUCUGCUGUUCCUGGAGAGGUUUCCCUGGCCCAGUCUGCAGACCUACACAGCGCUGAGUGUGGCUCUGCUGGCUGGAAGCAUCUUCAGCGCCUACACUACUGUGACAGAACAGGGGUUCGGGGUUCCAGACAUGGACGAGCCUCCACCACCUGCACCCUUAGUAGGGGAUAAUAGAGGCGGCCUAGGCCUAGAACAUGUGACUAGCGAUGAUGUUGUGGGUGCAGAAACAGAAUUGGCGACCACUGUUAUGUGGUACCUGGUCACCGACAGUCUCUUUGUAUGGGUGUUGGUGAAUACAGCUUGCUGUUCUCUGAUGUUAAUUGCUAAGAUGAUCCAGUGCAUGGUUUUUGGGCCCCUUCGAGUCAGUGAGAAGCAGCACCUUAAGGACAAGUUCUGGAACUUCAUCUUCUAUAAGUUCAUCUUUAUCUUCGGGGUGCUGAACGUUCAGAUGGUGGAGGAGGUGGUCAUGUGGUGUCUGUGGUUCUCUGCCCUGGUCUUCCUCCACCUCAUGGUCCAGCUGUGCAAGGACCGCUUUGAAUAUCUGUCCUUCUCUCCCACUACUUCUAUGAACAGCCAUGUGCGUGUCCUUACCCUACUGGUGUCCCUGCUGCUGGGCUGCUGUGGUCUGGCUGUGGUCUGUGGUCUGCUGGGCGCUGCCUAUGGCAUGCACACCCUCUCCUUCAUGGCUGCCGAGUGUCUGCUGGUUACUGUGCGGUCUGGACAUGUCAUCAUGAGGUACACCAUUCACCUGUGGGAUCUGAACCACCCAGGCACCUGGGAGAGUAAGGGUUCCUACGUCUACUACACUGACUUCAUCAUGGAGCUGUCUAUGCUGUCCCUGGACCUUAUGCACCACAUUCACAUGCUGCUCUUUGGUAAUAUCUGGCUGUCCAUGGCCAGUCUGGUGAUCUUCAUGCAGCUGAGGUAUCUGUUCCAUGAGGUGCAGCGCCGCAUCCGACGCCACAAGAACUACCUCCGUGUCAUCAACAACAUGGAGGCCAGGUUUGCAGUGGCCACAGCCGAGGAGCUGGUAGCCAACAGCGAUGACUGUGCCAUCUGCUGGGACACCAUGCAGACAGCACGUAAACUGCCCUGCGGACACCUCUUCCACAAUUCCUGCCUGCGGUCGUGGCUGGAGCAGGACACGUCGUGUCCAACAUGCAGGAUGUCCCUGAACAUCAGUGGUGAUGGAGGCCCGGCCAGAGGCCAGCAGCAGGGGGCUGGCCUCCCACUGGAGAACAACCUGGGCCCUGGGGGCCCCGCUGCAGACGCCAGACCACACCUCAACCAACACAAUCACUUCUUCCACUUUGAUGGCUCCCGCAUCGCCAGCUGGCUGCCUAGUUUCUCAGUAGAGGUGAUGCACACAACUAACAUCCUGGCUAUCGCUCAGCAGGCCAACAACUCUCAGCUCAACACCAUGGCCCAUCAGAUCCAGGAGAUGUUUCCUCAGGUUCCCUACCACUUGGUGCUGCAGGACCUGCAGUUGACCCGCUCUGUGGAGGUCACCACCGACAACAUCCUGGAGGGACGCAUCGUGGUGCCCUUCCCUGCCCUGGCGGCUGAGCGUUCCCCCGUGCAGGUGAACCCAGCCCCAGAGGAGGGGGCAGGAGCCAGUGGGGGGGUGGAUACUGCUCCCAGAGAGCUGAACAGCCUGGAGGUCAGAGGGAGCCGUUUCUCCAAGUCUGCAGAGGAGAGACAGAAGAUGCUGCUACAGAGGAAGGAUGAGCUGCUGCAACAGGCACGCAGGAGAUACUUGAGAAAGAGCCCAGAGGACGAGGAGGACCUGCCCACUCUGGAGGAAGACGCCCCUGUCUCAGACGUGACCAUGCUGAGACGCAGGACCAUGGCAGCAGCUGCAGAGAGACGCAUGCAGAGCCAACCAGACCCUGCUCCCUGAGACUAUACUGGACUGUAAACUCCCACUUGGACAGUCUCGCCUCGAACCCACACCUAAUGCCCUUGGAGUGUCCACCAAACUCCUCACGUCCCACCUAAGAGGCACCUCCAACGAAAGAGCUCUUUACAUUAUAUGAUCAAUGGAAUUACCUAAAUAAAAACAUUACAUUACAAAGUGUUACAAGAAGCAUGGGCUUUGGCUGCACAUGGCACAGGGGCUCUGCUGUUUUAGGCUACCCUAGUGAGAUAUGAGAACUGGGCCUUGGGAAUGGUACCAGCCUCCUCUGAACUUUCACCAGGCACCAGAGGCUCAAUUGGACAUGGAUCACCAGCGUUUUAAAGGAGUGGUGGGUGUCUGUCUGUCUGAGUUUCUGAAGUGCACACCUGUCAUCACAUAGCUCUAGCCCCCCAGCUUCACUAGACUUACCUGCCAUUCUCUUUACUGGCCAUGAUGGGGAAGGAACGAGCAUGGCGUCACAGUCCGAGGAUGCUGCUGAGGUUAGUUAGGGUUUGUUAAGGUGCUGUUUCUACAUACAGCUCAUAGUGUAAUGGAGUGGGACAUAGUUUGUAUUGGUUUUAUUCAACAACAAAAAUAUUUGUGUUAUAAUGAGCUAUUGAUAUCAUGGGUUGGGUUGAUAACAUACUGAUGUUAUUUUAUAAGAAUGGAGUGAAAACUGUGAAUUAAGAGUAGGUUUAAUAGAUUAAAACAUUGUGAAGCUUUUUUAAAAUUGUAAUUAAGAGAAUGUCACUUAAUGUCACUCAUCGAAAUAUGAAUGUACUUUAUCCACAAUGCUGCAGAGAGAGAGAGUAGAAGAGUUUAAAUUCUGGGCGUUGUGGAGACCUGGUUGUUAAUAAUGUGUUAAAUGUCACAUAUCCACCCAAGAAAGAACACUAUCUAAAUAGGAAGAUGUAAUAUUUUUGUCUCCUGACAGACAGUAAAACUCUCACCAGUACAGAGUUAUAGAGUGGCUCCCUGACCUCUAGGUCAACCAGUGGUUUCUAUCUGCAGUCUGUAUACCUCUAACACUUCCCAAAACAUACCUACACUGUAUUAAACAUCCAUUGAUAGAGGUACAGAAGACUGUAUGGGCUCAGAGGAGUUGGGUUGAGGUUUGAAUACUGAUGAACCUAUCUGAUUCACUCACUCACACUCCAUUCCUACACUCCAUGUACUGGUAGGUUCAUUCUUGCAGACGAUAUGUAGGCCUGUGUUGGAUUCUUGCAGACGAUAUGUAGGCCUAUGUGUUGGAUUCUUGCAGACGAUAUGUAGGCCUAUGUGUUGGAUUCUUGCAGACGAUAUGUAGGCCUAUGUGUUGGAUUCUUGCAGACGAUAUUUAGACCUAUGUGUUGGAUUCUUGCAGACGAUAUGUAGGCCUAUGUGUUGGAUGUCUUUGAUAACUUGAGGCUUUUUAAAGUUGAGUGGUAGAUAUGCAUGAAUCACAAUGGAAUGCUUUAGUUUACUUUUACCCCAAAGAACAUUGAUCCCAUGAACUUCCACAUGAUGCAGAUUUCUUUCUUUGAGAUGUGCAUAUUUUUGUGUCUCUUUCAGCUUGUUUCAUCUGUGGGAUUGUAAGAAGUUUCUACUAACUGUUUCAGAGAUGCACCUCUUGUUAAAAACAAAAUACACUAGUCAGUUUUUCAUUGUUUAAAGCUAUUGAUCAACUCAUAUUUUCAUAUCCAUGUCAUAUUUUUAUAUUCAUAAGGGGUUAUUUUUUAACCAUUGUAUAUUUAAUCUUAAUCAAAAACAUGAAUUAAUCUUUCGGACUGAGCUUUCCUCAUAUUUUGUGCCUAAAUCAAGAAUAUAUGGUUUGAUUGUGUAAAUAAUGUAGUUUUUGUAAGAACUGCUCAAGUAACAUGAACAAAUGAUCAAUAAUAAACAUAUCUUCUCUACAACCAAA